GUGUACAGACAGGAUAAUAAUAAUAAUAAUAAUUUUUGUUUAAAUUCGAAAAGUAACACAUUUUAAAACGAUUUGACUUUUUCUCUCAGUAUCACUAAAACACUUCUCAUCAUUGUGAAGCACAAUACAAAUACAACUCCCUGUUUUGACAACUGUACAACUCUAAUCAAGUAUCACACUCAACGCCAAGCUACUCAGGAGUCUACAAAAAAAUUACAAUGAGAAAUGGAAUACUACUACUACUCAUUACUAUAGCUGAAUUCUCCUAUUUAUCGAUCAUCUCCUAUGUUCAUUGCAGCCUAAUUUCUCCAAAUUAUACCAUUCAUGGAAGUAAUAAAACAACAACAACAACAACAAGUCACGGAAACGAGCACACUAGUCAACAUAAUAGUGAUAUAGUUGUAGCGAAAUGGGAAUUCGCUGACUUUGAAAUACACAUCGCUGUUAUGCUCUUUUUAUUAAUUAUGAUACUUAUUAAAAUGUCAUAUCAUCGGGUACCUUAUAUAUCUGCUUAUAUUCCAGAAUCAUUUGUCCUCAUUGUCAUCGGGAUUAUCUUCGGUUCAGUGGUUCGCUAUGGGAUUGAAAAAGGCGUGACUAAGAAAACUGUAUGGAAGUUAACACCAUCGCUGUUCUUCACGUAUUUACUACCACCGAUAGUUUUAGAAUCAGCGUAUAGUUUAUAUAAUAGAACAUUUUCUGAAUAUCUUGGAGUUGUCCUCCUGUUCGCUGUACUUGGUACAAUAUUUAAUUUUUUAAUUAUUGGAUUUAUGAUGCAUAUUUUAUGCCAAUUGGGUGCAUUUGGACAACCUCAGUUGGAUUUCGAUGUGAAAGGAUUCCUACUGUUCAGUUCGCUGAUUGUUGCUGUUGAUCCUGUUGCUGUGUUGGCCAUCUUUCAAGAUAUUGGCGUGGAAUUAGGCUUAUAUUAUAUUGUAUUUGGUGAGUCAUUGUUAAAUGAUGCCGUGACUGUUGUCCUCUAUGAUAUUAUGGAUGCAUUCACAGGGAAAGAAUAUGUAUCCGGUAAAGAGAUUGGUAUUGGGAUAGCAUCGUUUUUUACAGUGAGUCUUGGUGGACUAAUAAUUGGUGUUCUAUUCGGAAUUAUCACAUGUUUAAUAACCAGGAUCAAGAGUCGUCUUAAUGCUUUCACAUUAUUACUGCUGGCAUAUUUCUCCUAUAUCAUGGCUGAUUGUGUCGGCUGGUCAGGGAUUAUUUCAAUGAUUGGUUGUGGACUGGUUCAAGCUGCCUAUGCCUUUCAUAACCUGGAUCGGCAUUCAGUUACAAUGGUCAGGAAUUUAACCAAAGUUGUCUCUGAGAUGAGUGAGUCUGUCAUCUUUUUAUUUCUAGGCAUUGAAGUAGUCUCUACAAAACUUGUCUGGCAUACAGGUUAUAUACUUUGGGCAUUAGUAUGGUGUCUGAUAGCUCGUGCUGUUGUUGUCUUCCUAAUGACAGCUGUGAUUAAUCGUGUCGCUUUUUCUCAAACAAAAAUAAGCUUUACACAACAGAUAGUGCUUAUCUAUGGUGGACUGAGAGGUGCUGUAGCCUUUUCGCUGGCCAUCCUAAUUAUCCCGAGUAAACUAGGCCCGAAUGGUGUUUAUAAUCGUGAAUUGAUUGUUACUGCUACACUCUUCAUUAUUCUAUUCACUGUUGGUUUUAUGGGGAUAACAAUGAAACCGUUAGUUAAACUGUUAAAAAUACGCAUGGAAGCAAAACAAAAACUCAGCCUUUUCGAUUCAUUAAAUGAUGGAAUCUUUGAUGAAACACUUGCCGGGAUUGAAAGUCUUGUCGGUUCAAAAGGUCGUAAUCUUAUGCGCGAUUUUAUCCUACGUGUCGAUGAGAAAUAUCUACGUAGAUUUCUUCAGCGUGAACCGGAUACAUAUGAUCAAAAAAUGCUGAAAGUCUACGAGAAGAUUGCCCUCAAACUUCAUUAUGCUACAAUGCGUCCAAGUAAAACUGAAACUAUCUUAAAAGAUAUACCAGAAACACUGAAAUAUCGAUUUUUAACUUCACAUGUUUCAACAGUUUCAAUACCUGGACUAUUAAGUGCCAACUGUUCCAUGGUAAAUCUGCCUAAUGCGAAUAAAUUGGCUAUCCCAAAUAAUUUGCCUAAAAUGUCUAUGGAAGUAACAAAAGCUACAGAAUCUCCAAUAAGUGGAACAACACGUCGACGAUCAUCAACGAUAACUACAGAUACAAAUUUAGCGCCAGAAGUGAAACAAUUCCUUCGAUAUGCACGUAGGCCGAGUUUAGCACCGAAAGAGAAACGACAACUUGAUUUCGAUGAAGCCUUUUUAGAUGUUAUGAAAUCACGUAGUCGUGCUUUAAAGCAUCAUAUUCAACAGCCUAAUCUAGAACGGAUUAAACUUCCAGUGAAUGGAGCCAAUAAUCAAGCCUACAUGAAUGAAGACGAGGAAUUAGUGAAUAAAUUGAAAACACUUCAUGAAGAUGAAGCUGAUGAAUAUGCAGAAAAAUCCGUGGACAGUAUUGAUUUAGGCAAAAUGGUGAAAUUCGAUGUUGGACCGACUGAAUCUAUCUAUCUAAAAAAAGGAAUUCAUGAUAAUGAUGAUAGUCAUGAUAAGGACCAUGAUGCUGAUGAAGAAGAUGGAAAUUGUCAUCGUCUUUAGAUGAAUGUCUGCUGGUUGUUUUGUAGGCAGACUUGAUUAUGUGGUGACAACUGUUUCAGCAUUCUCUCUUUCCUACAACUCACUUUCAGUGCUUCCAUUUGAGUAUUUCAGAACCAAAACCAAAAUACGAUACAGAUUGUCUGACAUAUUAUGAAUGUUUUAACCAUUUUGCCUAAAUAUUAUGUUUGUCGUUUUGUUAACAAUCAGCUGGAAUGUCAUUUCAGUUCAUAUCAAAUAUUGUCCAAUUUUUUUAGUCAUUUUAUUUAUUUGUCUACGAUAAAAUCUGUCGGAUUAGAAUGUAGAUAUGCACCAUUGCUAGCACACAUACAUACACACACACGCAUAAAAUAGCACAUUAACGAAGUAUACAUCAUUACUACAGUUCAUGCUCACUUUUCAAUUAUACUUACCGCAUUCAAAUAAUUAAUUGUACAUAAAAUCGAUUGAUAAAUUAAAACAAAACUAAAUUAAACUAUGGUUGUCUCUUUCAACUUUUUGAAAAGAAG